AUGGAAGCCCGGGAAGAACGUUUCCUUUCUCCCGGGGAGGGCGUGAUGAAGUACGAAGACGACUUUAAGCGUUGGUUGGACGCUAGAGGUGUCAGUGUCUACUCAUUUGGCAAAUACCGCAGAACGACCCUGAAGAGGAGCGGCGCUAUCGACAGUGCUACUCUUACAGCCGUGUUCGACACCCAAGCAAAAGGACCCAGUACGACGCACGUUGCGACGCAACGAGACGCGCUUACAAGGACUAUUGCUAUGGUCCACGUGAACACGAGUCCGCGAGAUCUCCUGCCUAAUCACUUCCGUCUCAACAACUUCAAACGUCGAGAUUUUGUACACUACAUUCGCCUCUCUGAGCAGAUCGUAGUCCAUGAAACUGCGAUCAAUGACGUUCUCGAGCAUGUUGCGAAUAUCAACGAUAUCAGCGAGGAGGAAGUUGCUGAGCUUAUCGGCCAGGUCGAAGAGGCUAUCUUGACAAUUAACGAGGUGGAGAUGCAGCGAGAUAAGGCGCUGGCUGAUGUAUUGGUUCACAAGUGGAGUGGUAAAGAAGCUGAAUUAAACGAAAGACAGCCCCAAGUACUUGCUGAAGUGCCAACGCCCGAAGCUGGAUGUCAUCAAAAACUUGCAUUGCUCUAUGGGGAGCUACUGCGAAAUGAUAAAGAGAUCCGAGCCUUACAGUCGAAGCUGAAAACCUGGCUUGAUGCGGUGAACGGCAAACUCACGACGCACAAUGCACAGAUUGACGGUGUUGCUAGUCUAGUGCGCGAUCCUCCGACUCAGCUAGCCAGAGAAGAACAAGUGAAGAGUCAAUGCGAAGCUCUAACUGAUGAGAUGCGACCCUAUCUUCGUCAGAGCGUCAUGAAGAUCUAG